ACACCGUCUCCAUGCCCGAGUUCAUGGCCAACCUCCGGCUCAGAUUUGAAAAAGGACGCAUCUACACUUUCAUUGGAGAAGUUGUUGUUUCCGUGAACCCUUACAAGUUGUUGAACAUCUAUGGGAGAGACACUAUCGAGCAGUAUAAAGGCCGUGAGCUGUACGAGAGACCGCCUCAUCUUUUUGCCAUCGCUGACGCUGCUUACAAGGCCAUGAAGAGGCGAUCGAAGGACACUUGCAUUGUGAUAUCAGGGGAGAGCGGAGCUGGUAAAACGGAAGCCAGUAAGUACAUCAUGCAGUACAUCGCGGCCAUCACCAACCCCAGCCAGCGAGCGGAGAUCGAGAGAGUGAAGAAUAUGUUGCUGAAGUCCAACUGCGUCCUGGAAGCUUUUGGAAAUGCCAAAACCAACCGCAAUGACAACUCAAGCAGGUUUGGAAAAUACAUGGAUAUCAACUUCGAUUUCAAAGGGGACCCUAUUGGUGGACAUAUCAAUAACUACUUAUUGGAAAAGUCCCGAGUGAUUGUGCAACAACCAGGAGAAAGAAGUUUUCAUUCUUUCUAUCAGCUACUGCAAGGAGGCUCAGAGCAGAUGCUGCACUCGCUACAUCUCCAGAAAUCCCUUUCAUCCUACAACUACAUUCGUGUCGGAGCCCAAUUAAAGUCGUCUAUCAAUGAUGCUGCAGAAUUCAAAGUAGUAGCUGAUGCCAUGAAAGUAAUUGGCUUCAAACCUGAGGAGAUUCAAACAGCGUAUAAAAUUUUGGCCGCUAUUCUUCACUUGGGGAAUUUAAAGUUUGUGGUGGAUGGUGACACGCCUCUGAUUGAAAAUGGCAAGGUUGUGUCUAUCAUAGCGGAACUGCUGUCGACCAAGACGGACAUGGUGGAGAAAGCUCUCCUUUACCGGACGGUGGCGACGGGUCGAGAUGUCAUCGACAAACAGCACACGGAACAAGAAGCCAGCUACGGCAGGGACGCCUUCGCCAAGGUGGGAGCCUCAGCCUGUCGGCCUCGCCAGGGCUCUGGUGCCACGGUUUCUAACAUUGGGGCAGUCGGUGUUUCCACACAACACCAGUUCUCUGCGACACCAGCUGGGUGUCCUACAAUCUUUGAGAUCUUUGACAACAACAGCUUUGAACAGUUCUGCAUCAAUUACUGCAACGAAAAACUCCAGCAGCUGUUUAUCCAGCUGGUCCUGAAGCAGGAACAAGAGGAGUACCAGCGGGAGGGGAUCCCCUGGAAACACAUCGAUUACUUCAACAAUCAGAUCAUCGUGGACCUGGUGGAGCAGCAGCACAAGGGGAUCAUUCCCAUCCUAGAUGACGCCUGCAUGAAUGUGGGCAAAGUCACCGAUGAAAUGUUCCUGGAAGCGCUGAACAGUAAACUGGCCAAACACGGUCAUUUUUCUAGCCGGAAGCUCUGCGCCUCGGACAAAAUCCUGGAGUUUGAUCGAGACUUUCGGAUCCGACAUUACGCUGGGGACGUGGUCUAUUCUGUCAUUGGUUUUAUCGACAAAAACAAAGACACUUUAUUUCAAGAUUUCAAACGCCUGAUGUAUAACAGUUCAAAUCCUGUGCUGAAGAAUAUGUGGCCUGAAGGCAAACUGAGCAUCACAGAGGUGACCAAGAGACCCCUGACCGCCGCCACCUUAUUUAAGAAUUCUAUGAUUGCCUUAGUAGACAACCUUGCAUCAAAGGAACCAUAUUACGUACGUUGCAUCAAACCCAACGACAUGAAGUCCCCGCAGAUAUUUGACGACGAGCGCUGCCGGCACCAGGUGGAGUACCUGGGACUCCUGGAGAACGUGAGGGUGCGCCGGGCAGGGUUCGCCUUCCGCCAGACGUACGAGAAGUUUCUUCACAGGUACAAAAUGAUCUCUGAGUUCACCUGGCCCAACCAUGACCUUCCUUCAGACAAAGAGGCUGUUAAGAAACUGAUUGAACAUUGUGGUUUUCAGGAUGAUGUAGCUUAUGGGAAAACCAAAAUUUUCAUUCGAACACCCCGAACAUUGUUUACCUUGGAAGAACUCCGUGCCCAGAUGCUCGUAAGGAUUGUCCUCUUCCUACAAAAGGUGUGGCGGGGCACCCUGGCCCGCAUGCGGUACAAGAGGACCAAGGCGGCUCUGACAAUUCUCCGAUACUACCGUCGCUACAAAGUCAAGUCGUACAUCCAUGAGGUGGCCAGACGCUUCCAGGGCAUCAGGACAAUGAGGGACUACGGCAAGCACGUGAAGUGGCCGACCCCACCUAAAGUUCUGCGCCGUUUCGAGGAGGCCCUGCAGGCCAUUUUUAACCGAUGGAGAGCAUCCCAGCUCAUCAAGACCAUACCUGCUUCAGACCUGCCCCAGGUGAGGGCGAAGGUUGCAGCCGUGGAGAUGCUGAAGGGUCAAAGGGCUGACCUUGGGCUCCAGAGGGCCUGGGAGGGCAACUAUCUUGCUUCGAAGCCAGAUACACCUCAGACCUCAGGCACUUUCGUCCCCGUCGCAAACGAACUGAAACGGAAGGACAAAUACAUGAACGUCCUCUUCUCCUGUCACGUCCGUAAGGUGAAUCGAUUUAGUAAGGUGGAAGAUCGAGCAAUUUUUGUCACUGAUCGUCACCUGUAUAAAAUGGAUCCCACUAAGCAUUACAAAGUGAUGAAGACCAUCCCUCUGUACAAUUUGACUGGUCUGAGCGUCUCCAAUGGAAAGGACCAGCUUGUGGUGUUCCAUACCAAAGACAACAAAGACCUCAUUGUCUGCCUCUUCAGCAAACAGCCAACCCACGAGAGUCGAAUUGGAGAACUGGUUGGAGUCCUGGUGAAUCAUUUCAAGAGUGAGAAGCGCCACCUUCAAGUCAACGUCACCAACCCUGUGCAGUGCAGCCUACACGGCAAGAAGUGCACCGUCUCCGUGGAGACACGGCUCAACCAGCCACAGCCCGACUUCACCAAGAACCGCUCGGGCUUCAUCCUCAGCGUGCCCGGCAACUGAUGCUCCGUGGAGCGGGGGCCGCCCAGCCCGGCACCCGGCACUGUCACCGCCAGAAGCCCACUCGCUCACCAGGGUCGUGCUGGGAGGGGCCCCUGCCUCUUACGCGGCUCCUCUCAGAGGUCUUUCCCCACCUCCCUCUAGCUUUCUGCCUUUGUUCUCCAUCUUCCUCUGUCCUGACCUUCCACAGCCCCCCUCAAGAAAACAAACCAAAGACCCCCGUGCCCUGCCUGGCCCCAGGAGACCCCCAGACCCCAGCUCCUCUCAGAGGCGCCUCCCGUCAGCGAAGGCUGCCGCGAUGGCCAGGUCAGGUCAGCCUCCCCAGCCGACCCGGUGGCUGCGGCUGGCCCCAUGAGGGGAGGGUUGGGGAGCCCGGAUGCAGUUUCCAACCAAAGAUGUGCCCCGGGCUAGGGGAGAUGAGCUGAGGAGGUAGUCCUGCUCCCUCCCUGGGCCCAAGCGGUCGCCCCCCUCCGCAGGUUGAUGGCAGGCCCUGUUCCCUGGCUCAGGGAGCUUCUCGGAGCUCCUUGAGGACCCCCUCCCCCCCAGCAGCCACCAAAGCCACCAGGUGAGCAGGUUCACCCGUAGGGCCAGCCUCUCAGCCCAGGAGCCUCUGGUCAGCAAAAACCACCGCACCCACCAGCAGUCUGCCUGCCCAGUGCCUGCCCCCGCCCCACCCCCGGCCCGUCCCCUCCAGGGAUCCUCUUACUCGAACCGCACAGCCUGGGCCCACACUUGUCUUACACUUACAUUUACAGUUUGCAGGGUGGUCAGUCAGACACCACGUCCGCUGUGCCCACACUGGUGUCAGGAACACUAAUAAGAAGAUGGCAUCGGGGGCUGGGGAGCACUUGUGGGGCUUGCAAGUUUUCCCCUUCCAACACCUCGGCCUCAUACCUAUUUGGAAAAGUAGGACUGGGGCAGGAGGGGAGGAGUACACGGGAAUUUGGGGCAGUGGAGCAACAGAAAACAGAGCGAGGGGCCCUGGCACUGCAGGCCAGGCCAGGAUGCCCACCCCAGCCCUGCACAGAAACCCCCGACCCCGCAGCCGGGGCCCAGGCCGCCAGGCACAUGGAGCGCACUGGGCCUUGCCGGCCCCCGCCUAGUCACAGCACGUGUGCCCCGGACACCAUCCUCAGCCCACCCUCCUCCCGGCCUCGGCUAAGCAGCAGGCCGCACACCUCAGGGCAUCCGGGGCCUCCCGGCCAGGAGCCCUAUUACACUCAGACACCCUGUGUGGUGAGGGGGCUGAGGACGAGCCCAGGCCCCAGGAGGAGCCAGGCAGGAUGCGAAAGAGGGGCGUGCUGAUGUUUUCCUCACUUUCUGCCACAGACGCGGCCCACCCCGCCCGCCUCCUGCCACCCCGACCUCGCAACACAUCUCAAGUGCCUGAGUGCUGCCGCCUGUGCCUCGCCCGGUGCCUGCCGCGGUCCCCUGGCCGGCCCCCAGGUGGUCCCAGCAGCCUGGCCUCACGGCUGCCCCACCCCUACUUCCAGGGCUCGAGCACAUUUGCACCCCGUACAGGUCGCAGCCGAGUCCUGUCGGUAUCCUGGCCUUAGAAACCCAUUCUCGUUCGCGAGGCCUGGUCAGCUGCCUGCACAGGGCAGAGGUGCCCCCACCCCAGUUCAGCAACACCCAUAGUUUUGCCAGUCGCCCGGACACUAGUCGAACCACCUUAACUGGAACGCCACCUCUCCUUUCCACUUAUCUCCCCAAACUUGUUGCUUUACUAGAUACACGCAAAUGUAUGUCCUAGACACACCAAAACAGAACAUGCCAAAUGAGUGCCUUUCAGAGGCAGGAGAGGAGGGAGGUCUGGAGUCCUGCCUCCCCCCCUUUUCGGUGUUGCCUCUGGUCCCUGAGCCCAGCGCCUCCCGGCUGAGGGCCAGGGCACUGCCGGCCGGCCGACAAGCACUUUUUCAUGAUGUCCUAAAAGAAGUCCCAGUGUGUGGCAACUGAAGAGGGAACUGCAGGUGUGAUCACAGUGCGAGAGGAGCGCAGGAGGACCUGGUGAUUGUACGCAAUGAAGUGUUUCUCUUGAUUUAAUUAAAUGCAGUUUUAUGGUUUGGUGCGUAUAUUCCUAUUUUCCAUUAAAUUAACUUUAUUUCUAAAGCAUAUUUUGAUUUACCAUCAAGAGCAAUAAAGCAUUAAAUCUUA